AGGUGGAGGAGGAGAAGCAGGAGAAGCAGGAGGAGGACAUGCCUGAGGCCACUUCAACAGAGAAGAAGAAGAAGAAAAGGAAAAGGGCGCCAGAGGAAGUGGAAGAUGAGGCAACUCCCAUCACUCCUUCAGAAAAGAAAAUUAAAAAGAAAAAGAAUAAAGUCAAAGAUGUCGAAGAGGAGCAGAGCGACGUGGUGGUGGAGGAGGUGGUGGAGGUGGUGGAGGAGGUGGAGGAUGUCGUGAGUCCAGCUGAGACAGCAGAGGAGGAGGAGAAGAAGAAGAAGAAGAAGAGGAAAAAGGUGGUGCAGUCUGACGACGCACCAGCAGAGGGCGAUGCAGACACAGAAAAGGAGCUGGAAGCCACAGACGGAGACUCCUCUCUGCUCUCCUCGUCCAAAAAGAAAAACCGCCCCAGGAAGAAACUCAGCCUGAAGAAGAGACUGAGGAUGCAGAAGCAAGAGGAGAUACGAGUGAGGCUCCAGAAGAAGAAGAAGGAGAAGAAGGGCAUCAACAAAAAGCAGGUCGAGGACGCAGCAGAGGAGACGCCGCGGCCAAAACCAUCCAAACGAGCUCAACCUGACCCUGCGCAGGAGGACGACACACCACAGAAGAAGAAAAAGAUGAACAUGGAACAAAAAAAUAAUUCCUCAAAGGAAAACCAACCACCAAAGAAGAAGAAAAAGGGAUCGGUGAAGGAGGAGGAUGAAGGCGGCGCUGAGCCUCCUGAAGUCGACUCUUCUCCGCUUUCAAAGGAAGGCAAGAAGAAGAAGAAGAAGAUGAAGGCGGAGGAAGGUGCGGAGACGGCAGAGAGCUCAACUCCCGUCACUCCAGAUGGUUCUGCAAAGAAAAAGAAGAAGAACCGAUUGAAGGAGAAACUGGAAGAAACAGAACCGGCUGCAGAACAAACUCCUCGAGCUUCUUCUGCCAAAAAGAAAUCCCCAAAGAAGAAAAUAUUCUCUGAUUAAAUCUGCACGUCAGUGGAGAAAAAAUCUCUCGGACCUGAAAACACCAAGACAAUCUUCUUAAUGUUCGUGCCUUUGCUCCUGACCCGUCUGUUUCUGAGAGCAGAUAUACUUUCAUCUCACACACGCAGAUGUUUCACCGUCGUCUAAAACUACUGUGAAAACAACACAACUGACAGAAACCUGCAGUUUGUACAUGAUUACAACUUCAGCGCGCUUCAGCUGAUUGGACUUUUAUUUUGAAAGGCUGAUUGGACUUUUAUUUUGAAAGGCAGAGCUGCUCGGGGGUUUAAACUGGAAGCUCUGACGAUUGAAGUUAAACUAUUAAACUUAUCAGUUAUUUCUGGGGAUGGUUAUUGUUUGAUUUAUUUGUUAAAUCGAAUUUCUUUUCGAAAAUGUUUUUCUAUUCUUCAACAAUAGAAGCCAAACUGUCUAAAUGUUUGUAUUUAAAUCAAAGAAUAACUAAACACCCAUUUAAAAUAUGGCUACCUUUUAUUAUUUUAUUAUAAUCUGGUUUAUAAAAUGUAAAAAUAAAGGAAAACAUUUCCCAGAAAAACUCAGUUUACUCUGUGAAACUGAGAAAAACCGCAAAACCUCAAACGUUUGUUUUUUACUGAAGCAAAUGAUUUAUCUUCCGAUUCAUUCAUUCAAAAGUGAGGAAGACACGAUGAAGAGCAACCCGUCUGUUUCCUGCUGCUGCAGAAGGAGCAGCGUUUCUUUUUUAAAGUGUUGGGUCGUCUUUGUUCUCGUGUUUGGAGGUUAUACAAGUAGUAAUAAUAAGCAGUAAUGUAACUAAUGCACUUACUCAGCUUUGUUUUUAGGUAGAAACUCAUGUUACAUAAGGUUGUUUUUCAUAAAGCUGUGAAAUGAUGGUUUUGUUUACAGUGUUCUGUCGUUUAGACGUUUUGUUUUUCUUAUUAAUCCCACAAACUAUGAACUAUGCAUUACAUCCUGUCGCUUGGGAGGAAAUGUAACAAGUUUCACUGCUUUGAUAUGUUCGCUGUUCUGAGGACCAACAUGUGAGAGGAAAUAAAACUCUGACAGCUUUCA